AUGGCCGCUCGGCAUUCGCGCAAGCUCUUGAGACCUCUCCUCUACACAUCCGCGGCCGCCGCUGCAGGAGCAGGUGUUCUCUACAUUUCUUAUCGUCCGCGAAAUAUUCCGGGCCUCGAAGCCCCCGCCGUUCCCCCACCAGGUUACCGUGAAGGCAAGCUGGUUCCUCCUAGUUUCCCGUCAAUCAAGUCUCGCCUCGAACAGAUUCAGGAUCUCAAGCGCAGUGAGGAUGAGGAGGAAUAUGAUCUGCUCAUCAUUGGUGCCGGAGCCACUGGAGCUGGUAUCGCACUAGAUGCCGCCACCCGAGGCCUAAAGGUCGCAGUGGUGGAGAGAGAUGAUUUCAGUGCGGGUACCAGUAGUAAGAGUACUAAGCUGGUACACGGUGGUGUCCGUUACCUCGAAAAAGCCUUUUGGGAGUUGGAUUACAACCAAUAUGCGCUGGUCAAGGAGGCUCUCAGAGAGCGCAAGUAUUUCUUGAACACAGCUCCCCAUCUGUCAUCAUGGCUGCCAAUUAUGGUGCCUGUUCAGAAAUGGUGGCAGGCUCCCUAUUUCUGGGCCGGUACCAAGGCCUAUGACUUCUUGGCUGGUUCCGAGGGCAUUGAGACCUCGUACUUCCUGACUAAGAGUAAGGCCAUUGACGCAUUCCCCAUGUUGAAGCGUGACAACAUCAUUGGAGCAAUGGUGUACUAUGACGGUGCACACAACGACUCCCGCAUGAACGUGUCUCUCGCCAUGACUGCUGCGCUCUACGGUACCACCGUCGUGAACCACUUGGAGGUCACCGGACUGAAUAAGGAUGCGUCUGGCAAGCUGUGCGGUGCGCGCGCAAAGGACAUGAUCGCAGAGAAGGAUGGCCAGGUCGCCAAGGAGUUCAACAUUCGCGCCAAGGGUAUCAUCAACGCUACUGGUCCUUUCUGUGAUUCCAUCCGCAAGAUGGAUGAGCCCAGUGUCAAGGAGAUUGUAGCCCCCAGUGCUGGUGUCCACAUCAUCCUGCCCGGUUACUUCAGCCCCUCAAACAUGGGUCUAAUCGACCCUUCCACCUCGGAUGGACGUGUGAUCUUCUUCCUGCCAUGGCAGGGUAACACCAUUGCUGGUACCACUGACCAGCCCUGUGAGAUUGAGGCCCAGCCCCAGCCCACGGAGAAGGACAUCAACUGGAUCCUUUCGGAGAUUCGUGGCUACAUCGCCCCCGAUAUCACCGUGGACCGAAGCGACGUCCUUGCUGCCUGGUCUGGUAUCCGUCCCCUGGUGCGCGAUCCCAAGGUGAAGAACUCGGAGGCUCUCGUCCGUAACCACCUGGUGACCGUCUCUCAAUCGGGACUGUUGACUUGCGCCGGUGGUAAGUGGACUACUUACCGCCAGAUGGCCGAGGAGGCCGUGGACGAGGCGAUCGACGUGUUCAAGCUCAAGCCCCGCCAGCUCACCAGCCUUCCCGAUAUCAGUGGUGUCGGCGGUAGUGGCCUGGUUGCUGACGGUGCCGUCCUGGACGGUAGCUGCCAAACCCACCAGGUGCGCCUCAUCGGUGCCCAUGGUUUCUCCAAGACCCUCUUCAUCAACCUGAUCCAGCACUUCGGCCUCGAGACCGACGUGGCCAAGCACCUCACUGAGUCGUACGGUGACCGCUCCUGGCAGGUCGCUGCCUUGUCUUCCCCUACCAGUGAACGUUUCCCCGUGCGCGGCUGCCGCAUCUCCCCCAUGUACCCCUUCGUUGAUGGCGAGAUCCGCUACGCCGUCCGUCACGAAUAUGCUCAGACCGCCGUCGACGUGAUUGCCCGUCGCACCCGUCUGGCUUUCCUGAACGCCGAGGCCGCCCUCGAGUCCCUCCCCACCGUGAUUGACACCAUGGGAGAGGAAUUGGAGUGGACCGCCGCCCGCAAGGAUCUCGAGUGGAAGGAUUCCUUGACUUACCUUUCGUCCAUGGGUCUGCCCAAGAGUUUCAUGGGCCUUUCUCGUAAUGAUGUCCAGAGCGGCCGUGUCAAGCAGGUCGAUGAUGCCGAGCGUGCAACUUUCUCUCGUACUGAACCUCCCGCGGACAUGAUUGAGAGUGACGUGCGUGCUACUACUCUUGCUCCUGCAGCGAAAUCACACAUCAUGAAGCCAAAUCAGUCUGACCUUGAUCUGUCACUUGGCUUUGGAAAGCACUUGGAUUCGGAUAAAAAUUCUGUACCCAAGCCAGAGUUGGAAGAACAGGAUCCCUUCGGAGAUGAAAGUCAAGCUGGAACCCGGUCAGUCAUGAUUGCAGAGACCAUCUCACUUGGUAUUCUCGCACUGCCCAAAGCGCUUGCGGUACUGGGUCUUGUUCCCGGCAUCCUAACCAUCCUUGGGGUUGGGAUAAUCUCGACCUAUACUGCAUAUACCAUUGGGCAAUUCAAAUGCCGCCAUGUGCAAGUGCACAGCAUGGCUGAUGCUGGUGAUCUUCUGAUGGGAAGGCUCGGACGGAGUACACUGGACGUGGCUCAGCUCAUCUUUUUUGUGUUGGUGAUGGGUAGCCAUAUUCUCACAUUUUCGAUCAUGAUGAACGUCCUCACCGACCAUUCGUCUUGCACUAUCAUCUUCUCGGUUGCCGGUUUAUUCGCCUCUUUCAUGUUGACCCUUCCACGGCGACUCGAGCGGCUUUCUCACAUCUCCUACGUGAGCUUUGUCAGUAUCGUCGGAGCGGUUCUCACUGGUAUGAUUGGGGUCACCCUUGUCAGAGACGGACCAGUGCAUGUCCCGGCCUUUUCGCCUUCACCUAAAGUGCAUGAUGCAUGUCUUGCUAUUGCAAACAUCAUCUUUGCGUACGCCGGACAUGUUGCAUUCUUUACCCUUUUCUCCGAGCUCAAGGAGCUCAAGGACUUCCCCAAGGCUCUGGCGCUUCUGCAGAUGAGUGAAAUGGUUUUGUAUACGGUGGCUGCUAUUGUGAUAUAUGCCUAUAUUGGACCGACGGUCAACUCACCUGCUCUCAAUUCUGCAGGACAAUUAUUCCGCAAGGUUUCCUAUGCAAUCGCAAUACCCACGAUUGUGAUCGGGGGUGUGGUGAACGCCCAUGUUGCUGUCAAGUUCAUUUACGUGCGUGUCUUCCGGGGCACCAACACAAUGCAUAGCCAGUCAUUCAUGGCGCGGUUAGUGUGGACUUCGAUAUGUGCGGCGCUUUGGGUCUUGUCGUGGAUCAUCGCCGAGGGAAUACCGGUCUUCAACGAUGUACUAGGGCUUGCGAGCUCCUUAUUUGCUAGUUGGUUCUCAGUUGGUCUACCUGGGCUGUUUUGGCUCUAUUUGAACCGGAGUUGUUGGUUCCUGACCUGGCAGCAGAAGGUGCUGUUCUGCUUCAAUCUCUUUUUGGUGUUUCUUGGGUUUCUCAUUUGCAUUGUCGGGUUGUAUUCGUCUAUUCGGUCGAUCUUUCACAACCUUCGCGAGGGUGUUGGGGGAGGCAGCUUCUCAUGUGCCGACAACUCCCUAUACUGA